CCUUGUCUCCUUCCCCUCUCGUUUCCUCCUCCAUCUCUCUCUCUCUCUCUCUCUCUCUCUCUCUCUCUCUCUCUCCAUUUGUACGGUUCGUAUCUCAUCAGAGCUUCGCCUCCGCCACUCUCCUCCUCCUCGUUCUCAUCCAUCGCUGGAUCACCGUGAUCCUAAGAAGGGCACCUUGCGCCGGAUCGGCCGACGAUCCUAGGGUUCCGGCGACCCCGGAAACGAUCCUAGGGUUCCGGCGACCCCGGAAACGAUACUAGGGUUCCGGCGAUCACCCUCUUCCUCUCCCCUACCUCUACUCGUGUCUCUUCUCAUCUCGAAAUGGGCGGCCCUUCCUAGCGACGUUGCGCAGUUGUAGCGCCGAUCGAUCGCGGCCUCCUUCGACGACGAUGGGGAACAGCUGCGUCGGCCCGAGCGUAGGGCGCCACGGAUUCUUCCAAUCCGUCUCCCUCGCCGUCCUCUGGCGCUCCUCCCGCCCCCCCGAUCCCGCCCCCGAUAAGCCCCCCGAGCCCGUCACCAUCCCCGACUCCAACCACCACGCCCGCCACAACCAAACCGCCCCUGCUCCGACCCCCAACCUUCCCGUUUCCGCCGCGGCGGCGCCGCCGGCGGAAGAGGCUCCCCCUCCGAAGAAGCCCGCGACCGCGCACUUCAGGCGCGUGUCGAGCGCCGGGCUCCAGGUGGGCUCUGUGCUGCAGCGGAAGACGGAGAAGUUGAAGGAUCUCUACAGCCUCGGCCGCAAGCUCGGCCAGGGCCAGUUCGGCACGACCUACCUCUGUGUUGAGAAGGCCACAGGUAAAGAGUUUGCCUGCAAGUCAAUUGCUAAGCGGAAGCUCAUCACCGAGGAGGAUGUCGAGGAUGUCCGGCGCGAGAUCCAGAUUAUGCACCACCUUGCAGGGCACCCCAAUGUCAUCUCCAUUGUCGGUGCCUACGAGGAUGCCGUCGCGGUGCACCUCGUCAUGGAGCUCUGCGCCGGUGGGGAGCUCUUCGACAGAAUCAUACAGAGAGGGCACUACUCGGAGAAGGCUGCAGCGGAACUCGCGAGGGUGAUAGUGGGUGUCGUGGAGGCGUGCCACUCGUUGGGGGUCAUGCAUCGCGAUCUAAAACCCGAAAACUUUCUCUUUGUUAAUCAGAAGGAGGAUUCGUCUCUAAAGACGAUUGAUUUUGGGCUCUCUAUAUUCUUCAAGCCAGGUGAUAUAUUUACGGAUGUUGUGGGAAGCCCAUACUAUGUUGCACCCGAAGUUCUUCUAAAACAUUAUGGUCCUGAGGCAGAUGUUUGGAGUGCCGGUGUGAUCAUUUAUAUCUUAUUAAGUGGGGUCCCUCCAUUUUGGGAUGAAACAGAGCAGGGAAUAUUUGAGCAAGUCUUAAAAGGUGAACUUGACUUUUCUUCGGAGCCAUGGCCCAGCAUCUCAGAGAGUGCAAAAGAUUUGGUUAGGAAGAUGUUAGUGAGAGAUCCCAGAAAGCGGUUAACAGCUCAUGAAGCUCUAUGUCACCCUUGGGUGCGGGUGGAUGGUGUUGCUCCUGACAAGCCUCUUGAUUCUGCUGUCCUAACCCGAUUAAAGCAAUUCUCUGCAAUGAACAAGCUCAAGAAAAUGGCCCUUAGGGUCAUUGCUGAGAGCAUGUCAGAAGAGGAAAUCGCAGGCUUGAAAGAGAUGUUCAAGAUGAUCGACGCAGAUAAUAGUGGUCAGAUCACAUUCGAGGAACUCAAGGUUGGGUUGGAGAAAGUUGGCGCAAAUCUCAAGGAAUCUGAAAUUGCAGCUCUUAUGGAAGCGGCAGAUAUCGACAAUAGUGGGACCAUUGACUAUGGAGAGUUCAUUGCUGCAACUCUCCACCUAAACAAAGUUGAAAGGGAGGAUAAUCUCUUUGCAGCUUUCUCAUAUUUUGAUAAAGACGGUAGUGGGUAUAUCACUCAAGACGAACUUCAGAAAGCCUGUGAGGAGUUCGGUAUAGAGGAUGUUCGGCUUGAAGAGAUAAUCCGAGAAAUAGAUCAAGAUAAUGAUGGGAGAAUAGACUACAAUGAGUUUGCGGCAAUGAUGCAGAAAGGAAAUGCAGUUUUAGGCAAGAAAGGUCUGCAAAGUAACUACAGCUUUGGCCUUAGGGAGGCACUGAAGCUUGGCUAAAUUAAUUAGGUGUAAAUACAUUUCAUCGAAAGAUAGUUUUGCCGCACCAUCAGGCCCUUUAAACACUUCAAUUGAUUCAUAUCUCAAGCCGGGCUUGGGUGGUAAGAUACUAUCAUUGUUUUGUAUUCUCGGCCCAGAGCUUGUAGCUGGCCUAAUUUUAACACAAGUGAGGGAGUCGAAAGUGCUUUCGAAGUUAACAAGCUAAAAAAGCCCCUCCAAUCACUCGACAUUUAUCAAGACACAUCACCAUGUUGUACCUGCCGCCGCACCAUCUCCCAAACUGACCCUAAAAGCCUUCUAAUUUAAACUCAGAUACCAUUAGUGUAUUAUCUUGCUCUUUUCUUGUUCCGAUAUGGCUUUGGUUGUAAAAGUUUUUGUUUUUUUUACUUCUUGGGGUUUUCUUGCAUAGCCUGAAUUGUAUUUUCAGGGACAAAAUCAAUCAUGGGAAGACCAAUUUCAAUUGUACAACUAGUGUUUGUGUAAUGUUAGCUGCUGUUUAUUCCAACCUUUUGUUCGGCUUUUCAUUCGAUGUUGUUGGAACAUAUAUUAGCUGUGUUAUGAACUGUUAAACAUAAGAUGCUUCUGUUUAUCAUAGAAAGUUAAAUGUUGUGUAGAGGGGAUAAUUUUUUA